AUGUCACUAAAAUAUUUCAAAAAUACGACGUUUGUUGACGUAUUAGAGCUACUAAAGUUAGUGAACAUUCCUGAAUUACAUAACAUCCCAAAAGAAAAUGACAAUCUAGGAUCUAAUACUACAGAUAACGAGAGUUUUGACUCUGCAGAACGGGAUAAUGUCAAUAUUUCUAUUGACAAAGUUGAUACCAAUCUUACUGAAAAGAAUGAAAAAUUUGAUCCAUUCUUGGUGACUUGGAGGGGUCCAAACGAUCCAGAGUUUCCGAUGAAUUGGUCUUCCACAAGAAAGAUUCUAACAAUGGUUCAAAUUAUGUUACUUACAUGUGUCAAUUAUAUGGGUUCAUCAAUUUAUACUCCUGGUGAAAAUGGAAUUAGAAAUGAAUUUAAUGUAGGGCAUGUUACAGCAACUUUAAAUCUUUCCCUUUAUAUUUUAGGUUAUGGUAUUGGCCCUCUAAUUUUCUCACCUUUAUCCGAACUAUCGAGAAUUGGACGUCUACCAAUUUACUUUAUUACAUUUUUACUAUUUUUUGUCUUCAAUAUUGGGAUUUCCACAGUUCAUAGUAUUGGUGGAAUGAUUGUUAUGAGAUUUAUAACUGGUAUAUUAUGUUCACCUCCAUUAGCAACUGGUGGUGCUUCUAUUGGUGACAUCAUUGCCCCAGAAGAUAUGAGUGUAUACAUUGGUAUAUGGUCCGUUGGUACAAUGGUGGCUCCAAUUAUUGGUCCAUUAUUAGGUGCUUCAAUGGUAGUUGCUAAAGGUUGGCGUUGGAUCUUUUGGCUUUUGGUUUUUUUGUCUGCAUUCACUCUAAUCUUUAUAUUUUUCUUCUUCCAGGAAACUUCACACAAGACAAUUCUUUCAAGAAGAGCACGUAGAAUUAGGAAACAAACUGGCGAUGACAGAUUUUAUUCUAUUCAUGACAAAGAAGAUGAACAAAUGGAAAUUAACACAAUAAUAAAGAAUACUUUAGUCAGGCCAUUCAAAAUGAUCGCUAGGGAGCCAAUUAUUCUAGCAUUUGAUUUAUACUCUGGUAUAGCUUAUGGUGCUUUUUAUUUAUUUUUUGAAUCAUUCCCAAUAGUAUUUAUAAAUGUUUAUCAUUUUACAUUAAUUGAACUUGGUUUAUCCUAUCUGGGGUUUUGUGUUGGUUGCUUUAUGGCUUUUAUGAUUUUAGGUAUUUUCCAAAUGAAAUAUCUAAAGAAAAAGUUUGAAAAUAAGUCUUUUGUACCAGAAGAUUUGUUAGUCAUCUUACUAUUUGUAUUUUGGGCCUUCCCAGCAUCUUUAUUCCUAUUCGGAUGGGCAGCUAGUACCCAUUGGAUUGUUCCCAUCAUCGCUCAAGUAUUAUUUGUUAUAUGUUGCUGGAAUUUAUUUCAAGUUACUUUUGCAUAUUUGGCCAUUAGUUUCCCAAAGUAUGUUGCAUCUGUCUUUGCGGGAAAUGGUUUAUUUAGGGCAGGGUUCGCUUGUUCUUUCCCAUUAUUUGGUAGAGCCAUGUACGACAACCUGGCCAUUGAUGGAUACCCGGUUGGCUGGGGUUCUACCAUUGUUGGAUUUAUAGCCCUCGCAUUAUCUGUGGUUCCAUUUGUUUUGUAUAAGUACGGACAUAUCCUGCGUGCCAAAUCAAAGUUCACAUAA